CAAGUGGUUUAUCCAAUACGGAAGUAAAUGUUUUAUAACUACAUGAUAUAUUCGUAGUAGAUGAAAUAUAAAGCAUUUUAUUUUUUUAACUUUUUUAGGAUGAAGGUGAAUGGAAACCAAUAAAUAAUCCUAUUGGAAAAUACAACUUGGUUAAACUUCCAAGAUUUGCAAUGGAACUAGUUAGAAACGAGUGCUCGUCAAACGUAGGUGCAGCUCUAGCAAAUGCUUUACUACAUGACAUUAAACAUCUCCUGAAAGACGACGUUGAUAUAAAAGAUAUUUUGAUUGACAAAUGCAAAUUAGAUAGAGCCAAAUCAAAAGUAAAAACUGUUACUGAAGAUGUGGACUCAGAACAAAAAAAACAGUUAAUUUGUCUUGGGGUUGAUGGCAAGCUCGAUCAGAUAACUAAAACAAGUAAAAUAAUAAACUCACCUCAAGGAGAAGUACUAAAGAAAUGCAUUGAACCUGAACAUCACCUCACAUUUACUUAUGAAGAUGGAAAAUCGAGUGGAAAUUAUUUGACUCAUAGGACGAUUCCUGUUACUGGUGCUACAGGCUUAGUUCUUGCUACCGAAACGUUCAGUGUUUUACAAGAAUAUAACAGUUUGGAAAGUAUACAAGCUGUUCUUCUUGAUAAUACAGCUACCAAUACUGGACCAAUAAGUGGCUUAGUGGUAAAACUAGAAGAGCUUUUAAAAAGAAAACUACACCUAAUUGGAUGCGCAUUACAUCAAAACGAACUUCCGUUACGAGCUCUUUUUAUAAAACUUGAUGGUGACACAACUGGGCCAAGAAGCUUCAGUGGUCUACUUGGCAAAAGAUGUGCUGAAAAUAUUCAGGAUAGAAAUCAAGUUUUGUUUGAACGUAUUGAAAACCCAAUAGUAGAUGGAUAUAUUCCAGAAGAAAUAUUAAUAGACCUUAGUUGCGAUCAAAGACUUUUGUUUGAAUAUUGCAAAGGAAUAGGCUUUGGUAAAGUUUCUGAUAAAUGGGCUGCCUAUAAAAUUGGACCGCUUAACCAUGCAAGGUGGUUAACUCUAGCUAUUCGCCUUCUCUGUUUAUAUACUAGAGACAAUCAACCAACCGUUUCUUUAAAAAAACUUGUAUACUUUAUUGUUCAAGUUUAUGCUCCAGCAUGGUUCGAAAUAAAAAAAUCUUCAAAAUUCCACGAAUCCCCGCGCCUUAUUUUUUCUACUAUUACUAGAAUAAAUAAUCUCCCCUUUGAUGAUGUUAAACUUAUUGUUAAAAAAAACAUCAAAAAAAAUGCAUUGUGCCUAAAACCUGAAAAUAUUCUUUAUGCCAUGCUAAAAGAUAAUGACAAAAAGAUACGAAACUUUGGUUUUCAAAUCCUACUGGCUCUAAGGCAAAGAGUAAACAACGAAAUUUUGAAAGUAAAUUUGAUGAAAAUUCCGGAAAUUAAUUUUAAUGCUAAUCAUUGGUAUGAGUUGGUUGACAUCAGCAUUACAAAAGUUACGGAGCCCCCUACAACACAACAUUUUUCAAUUGAGCAAAUCCAAUAUAUGAUUGACAAUAACGUUAAACCUGAAAUUUCCGACUUUCCAUCUCACUCCCAGAGUGUUGAGCGAGCGGUAAAACUAGUAUCGGAAGCAUCCCAAUAUGUUUAUGGGCUCGAGAAUCGACACAGUUGCAUUUUAACCAAAUUACUAAGCAGGAAGAUGCGUAAACCAUAUAUUUCAAAAGGACAUUAUUCCCAUUCUUAUGAUGAUAUUUUUUAAUUGAAAAUAUUUUUCUAAAAAUAUAUAUUCCUGUUCAAAA